GCCCCCCUUGUCUUCUCUCUUCGUUUUCCUCUGUUCCCUGAGCUUUAUAUUAAGCAGCUAUUCCAAUUUAUAUUCCCUUUCCUUCAUAUCUAACACCAUCAUGUUAAACAAUGCACUAUUUCAGCUAAAAACCUAUUGGCCAAUUGUUUUGAAUACUACUAUACUCCAUUUCUGUUUCUCGCCUGUAAACCUCCUCACACUCUAUCCCCUGAUGCUUCUGGUAUAAGUACUGGAGGUAAGACUAACAAAACCUUUUCAUCUUGUCAUUAGCAACUUAAAGUAUAUAUUCCCAUUACUAUGAACCACUUUGUAAGCAGUAUUGAAUCGAAGAGGUUUGCCUGCAGACGAUUUGAGAUGCGAAUGUUGGAGAUUACCGUGCGUUUUCUCUUCUUCUAUGCCAAUACGUCUAGUGAUAAGGAUUUCAUGCCAAGCGACAAGCUCGAGGAAGGGUUCUACCGGACCCUUGCUCUCUGUCCCUGGUUCGCUGGUAAUCUUCACCCUACACAAGGUGGCGGAAUGGAGGUCGUCGUUGACAAAGACAACCUGAAUAUGCCUGAAUAUCGUGAGUCGCAGUCUUUGGUGCAUUUCAGCAAGAUACAGUCUGCUGGAUUCAGCCGCACAACAUGGCCUGAUGGUCUGGUUCCUGUUGGGCCCUUUCCCUGCUGUGACAAGGUUACAGGGAAGAUUAAACUUGUGCAUAUCCACGUCGUGCGACUAAAGGACAACAGCGGAACAGCUAUUUCGAUUAAUUUCAACCAUACAGUUGCAGAUGCUACCAGCAUUCUAACUUUCCUCAGACGCUGGGCAGAUGAGACGCGUGCACUGAUAUCCGGUGUGCCUGUGGCAGAAGUAAGCUUUUGCUUUGGUGCUGAUAUCAUCAAGAGCCAUUUACCGAGCGAGAGCGCACCUCUUAGUGAAACCGCCACCAAAGUGCUUUCAGCUCAAUCUCGCGUGGCAGAUUUCAUUAUGUGGCUCUCUCCUAACAAACGCGGAAGGCUGAUGAACUAUUUGACCAGCUCUGCUUCACCGCGUGGGCAUCUAUUCCGGAUUUCGCGUGCCAGGAUUGACGGGCUUCGUAGCCAGGUACUCGAGUAUCUGCCACAGGGGACAUACCUGUCCACUAAUGACAUCAUAUCUGCAGUUUUGCACAGGGUCCACGAACAGGCUGCAACAAGGAAGAGUCAGGGAUGGCUGGAAAGACUAAUUGAUCAGAGCAAUGGAGUCGCGGGCGAACACUGUACUUUUGUCGUCAUUAACCAUCGUCGUCACCUCGGAAUGACAGAGUUGAACUACAUGGGCAACCCGGCUUUCGGCGAAUUUAUUCUCACCCCGAUGCAACAGGCACAUUUGCCAAUUACUCCUAAAACUAUUUCGGUGGUUGCUGGUCAGAUUCGGUCACAGCUAUUGGCGCUUACCACACCGCGCAUCAGACAAACUGUUGAAAUUCUUGAUUCCGAUGUAGAAUAUGCCGCUGAUUUCCUCACCAUUGCCAUGAACUACAAGGUUGUGACCACAGCUACCAAUAUAACGUCUAUCAAGAUGUACGAUGCGGACUUUGGCCACGGCGUUCAAGCAUUUUCGACAAUACAUCCUGAAUUAUGCAUGCGUGUUUGCAUUAUUCUUCCUUCACCGCCUCCGAGCAAAGAUAUUCUUGUCAGUUUCUGUGACACACCUUCGGUAAUGGACAGCGUCCUGAAGAACGAGUUCUGGAGCGACUUUGCUGAACUAGUCUAUUAAUAUAUAUAUGCACUACUAGAAAUACUCUGCUCACGAUGCGAGCUCGGCUGCUAGUC